CUUAAAGUCGCCAAGGUUGGAAACCCCUGAUUUAGAUAUUAAUUUAAAGUUGCCAAGGUUGGCAACCAGCCAGCAUUAAAAGCUUUAAUCCCAGAGCGGACUACAGCCUAGUGUGCCAAAGGACUCUGGUCUUUGGCUGAUGCAAGAAGCUUCCCCGUUUAAGCCGCUGUCCCUGAACUUCAGCAACUUUUAAGAUACGUGGACUUCAACUCCCAGAGUUCCCCAGCCACCCUGAUGCCUUGAAGGCCGCACAUCUUCAAUUUGCUGAGCCGCUGCAAUGAAGGCGGCGUCGCUGGGCUGGAGCCCCGGGACGCCCGGCUGGCUCUCUUCGGCCUCCCCCUCCUCGCGUUCUCCUCACAGACCGUCCGCCAUCCUUUCUCCGCCCCCCCAACCCCACUCCAGCCCCGGCCGAGGAGACUGCAAGUCCCGGCAGCCCCACAGAAGCCCCGGGGGUGGGGGGUGGGGGCUCCGUUGGCGAUUGGCGCCGAGCAGGGUGGGCGGCCCCUGCAAGCGGGCUGGCUGCCGGUGCCCCUGCCGGGGGGGGGGGGGCUCUGAGCGCGCGUGCGCGUGCCCGCCUGGGGGGAGGGGGGGCCGGCAGCAGCCGCGGCGGGCGAGGCGAGGCAGCCCUUUGAAGACCUCCAAGAGAGGCUGCCAAAGUUCAGCUGAGGCCACCCUGGAGGUGGCCUCGGCUUGCCUCCAUGCCCUGGAGCUGCGUGACCUCGCUUGGUCCUCCUUUUCCUUGCAGGGCCCCCUGACCGCUCCCAGCUGCAGAGCCAUGGAGAUGCAGUCGUACUACACCAAACUCCUGAGCGAGCUGAACGAGCAGCGGAAGAGGGACUUCUUUUGUGACUGCAGCAUCAUAGUGGAAGGGAGGAUUUUCAAGGCCCACAAGAACAUUCUCUUUGCCAACAGCGGCUACUUCCGAGCUUUGUUGAUCCACUACAUUCAGGACAGUGGCCGGCAUAGCACAGCUUCUCUGGACAUUGUGACCUCGGAAGCCUUCUCCGUUAUCCUGGACUUCCUUUAUUCAGGUAAGCUGGAUCUUUGUGGGGAAAACGUGAUUGAGGUCAUGUCCGCUGCCAGCUACUUGCAGAUGACUGACGUGGUCAACUUCUGCAAGACGUACAUUCGAUCAUCGUUGGACAUCUGCAGGAAGAUCGAGCGAGAAGCUGCCUUCUACCAGGCGGACAGUGGGAGCUCCGCCAGCUCUGCCUGCCAAGGCCCAUCCUGUGGUGCCAAGUCCCAAUGCUCAGCCUCCGCUUCCUCUCUGCAGGACAAGGAUGGCGUCCCGGACUGCCCACAAGGGCCUCCCCCCUGCGGGGACUGCAGCAGCUGCCAUCAUCAUCUGGACCUCCUGGCCAGGGAGCCCACUGGCCGCGAGUCUCCGGAUGACACCAGUUCCUCGGCACCCAAGGUGAUCGAGCCAAAGGUCGAGUUUGAUGUGGACGAGGUGGAAGUUGGGGAACGUCUACAGCAGUACCCCACUCCCUUGACGAUCGAGCAAAUUGAAGAGGGGCUUCACGGGGGGCAGGCCAUGGACCUGGCAUGCAGCAGCUACCACAUGAAACAGGUUCUCGAAGCCUUGCUGCGCAACAGCGCCUCCCAAAGGAAAGAUGAGAUGGUCCAUCCUUUUGUGCGUGGCUUUGAGGGCCGGCCAGAAGAUGCCGGCUUGCCCAUGAGCUCCAUGAUGGACCUUCACAGUGACUGGUAUGGAGAUGACACAGGUGAUGUCCUUGUGGUGCCCAUCAAGCUGCACAAGUGCCCGUUUUGCCCCUACACAGCGAAGCAGAAGGGCAUCCUGAAGCGCCACAUCCGCUCCCACACCGGAGAGAGGCCCUACCCCUGCGAAGUUUGUGGCAAGCGCUUCACGCGCCAGGAGCACCUCCGGAGCCACGCCUUGAGUGUCCAUCGGUCCAACAAGCCCAUCAUCUGCAAAGGCUGCCGGCGGACGUUCACCAGCAGCCUGACUCAAGGCUUGCGUCGCUUUGGCUUGUGCGACAGUUGCACGUGUGUCACCACCACGCAUGAAGAUUCCGUGCCCAUCAACCUCAGCCUCAUGGAGCCUUCCUCCGAAGGGCCGGAAAAAAGUGACCCAGACAACGACUGGCCCAUCUACGUUGAAUCGGGGGAUGAAAACGAUCCACCUGAGGAUGAGGAGGCUGAUCCCGACCAUAAGCAGGGCCUCCAUGAAGAAGCACUGAUGUAGCAGUCCGGUGGGGGGGAGGGAGGAGGGGAGGAGGGAGAGGCUGGGCCACGGUUGUGAAUCCCUUUUCCUUAUUAUGGGUGGAUCGACCCAUACGGUUACCUAGAAUUGCAUGAAGGUGAGUCCUUUUUAUAUAAAAAGAAACAAUUCUCUUUUGGUGACCACAGAUGGACUUUGUCAUUCCAAAAGGUCUUUUUCAAUGGUCGUUGCUGUGCAUGACUUAUUUGGAAAGGAUUCCAGGUUCAAGGGUGGGACCAACAGGACUCCCAGCUGCAGUUUCGAGAGGUUGGGUGCCUUUUGCAGCCGGCCUCUUCUCUGCUUACUUGAUGCAGCCUCUCUUUUUCCUCCCUACUGCUGCUUUUUCCUUGAAGUACCCUUUGGAUCCAGAAAAGAUUUGGAGGCACAAGCUUUCCUUCCUCCCUCCCUCCCUGUUCUGAUCUUUAAUUCUAACUUAGAAAUGUAAACAUGACUCUGUCCGUGGAAAAACUGGAAACUUCAUUACCAGUUUGAUGCUUGAAUUGAAGAAGAACUGCUACAACAGAAUCCUAAUUUUUAGAUAUUUUUAUCACUAACUUUAAUGGAUGCUUCGGCUCUGCCUCAAGUCAAGGGCACAUAAAAAGUUUACAAAUCUCUGGAGUAACAACCUUGGGGAUUGCAGUGCCUCGGGCACUGACGUGCUUUGUGCUUAAACCAAAGGGCCCCUUUUGUCUUGAGCUGUGUGUCGGUGGCAGGGCUUCAUGGCUGCACUUGAUGAGAGUGGAGCAGAAAGUCUGAAGUUCAUUUCUCAGCAUUUCCAACUGAAACACCAAGAUAUUUUGCUACCUGACUGGCUCAGUAUCAGCAGCUGCCUUCAUUUCUUGAACCCAAAGCCGACGGGUGCUGUGGCUGGCUCCAUGUGCGCAGUGCAAGCUACCACAGUGGAUGUACUGCUUGUGGGCCCUUAAUCAAUGUCGGCACAUGGUUCAUACUUCUAGGAAGAAAUAUGAGAGGGAAGCUGAUGGUACUCCGGAGCCAGAGGCAGGGACACGUGGCCUCAAGUGCUGUUGAGUAGAGCUCCAGCAUCUUCACUGGUGGCUGAGCUGGGACCUCUGGCAGGGCCCAGCAAAGAGCAUGGAAUGAGCCGGUCAGGUCAAAGUUCAUAGAACUCCACUUUGCCCUUGUGCAUUGCAAAAGCAAUGCUAUGAAAGAUUUCUGGGAAUAUCCACGUUCUGGACCUGGUGGGUGGGGGGAAAUUGGGCCCUUGCAGGGUCCCCUUUCUGGUGGUGAUUAUAUUGUGAACACGGAGUCACCAAUGAGCCACAAUUCUUCAGUUUACUGCCUCACUUCUUUCCAGGAUACGUGCCUCUCGUUGCACAGAUACAUGGUAAUAUGGGUAGAUUGUGUUGUAUCGUCUUACAAGUUUGUCUCGUGUGUGUUCUAUGUUUUAAAAAAAUACAGUUUCAACUUUGCUUUAUUUCCAUUGAUGGCAUACACUAGGGAUUUGGUUUCCUAUAGAAUGUGAAAUUACUCAAUUUAUGUCCUCAGGUUGAAUUUCGAGAGGCUAUUUAAACAAUCUGGGGAGCUAUCAAAACACAUUGGAUAUAACGGAACAAAGUUACCAAAGGAAAAGCCAAUGAAAAUCAAAAGUGUAAAAUUGUAUGUAGUGGUUUGUAGCUUCCGUAUUCAGAUUAAAUUCACCUUCCCCAUCCUGGUGUCAACCUUACCAGGUAGACCAGGCAGGAAAAUAACCAGAUAAAUUAAUUCUACUUUAUUGUAAAGUUACAUUCAUAGAACCUUGCAAGUCCGAAGGUACAAUUCUCCUGCCAUCACCUUUACAGUCUGAGAAACUAGGGAAGGUCUCUCUUCGGCCUCUUGCCCCACCCGCUCUCCAACUGUGGACUAAGCUGUCUCUAGGCAGCCUCUCUCCCCAUCUCACAAGGCGUUUCCCACAUGUUGGUACACCUGGUGACCUUCCCAGUGUGCUGGACUAGCUCCCACCUGGCUCUACAGACUAGAAAUUGUGGAGAUUAAUCUGGAGCAUCUGAACAGCACCAACCCAGGUAGUUGGAGCAGAAAGACCUGGUUUCUAGUUCUCCCUAAGACAUGGAAGUCAAUGUUAGCCAAUCACACCCUCUGUAAAAGCUGGUUAAAAAAUCUGCUUACUUGUUCUUUAAAAACAGAAUUGUCCCUCCUCUGCUUCCAUAUUUCCCAAGUGCAAAUCCCCAAGGUGAUUAUUGAAAAAGUUCAAAAUGGUGCGUGUGAUUACACAAUCAAAGCCCUGCUGUUUUGUGUAGCUGCUCCUUUGACUUCUUUUAUUUUCCCUCAUUUGCCUUUACAUUGUCAGGUUCCAAGGAAUUGGGGUAGGUGUACAUCCCACAACCUGGUUCCCCUCAAGUGUGCUGAACUACCUCUGACCAACUCAGCACUGCAGCAGUCUAAGCUGCGCCCACUUUAGCUCAUGGCUCUGCCUGGACUGGAUUGUGGUAUAAACCCAUCUUGGCAGAGCAUUAUUUUUCUGCCAUGGCCUCUGGAUGAAGAUGUUGUUUCUGGCUCGGGAGUCAGAAGAUGUAAAUUGCCUUCAGUGGACCUGGUGUAAAUACUAAAGUUCUGUCCACCAUCCAGGAGGCAGCCUGAAGGUGCAUAAAGUAGAUUAGGCUUUGCUCCUUGGAGGAAGUCAGGAGAUGGGCAAUGAUGAGGAAUAGCAUGAAGCAUUGAGAGAGAGUAGCAGGAGCAGCAAACAUCACAAUCUCCUGAAGGGAGAGGUGAGACCAUUAAUCCAACUGGGUUGUGGGCUUCUGCAGUGGUCAAAAUGCAGUAUUGCAGGCUAAUUCUGCCGGCUGCCAGCAGUUCGAUUCUAACCGGCUCAAGGUUGACUCAGCCUUCCCUCCUUCUGAGGUUGGUAAAAUGAGGAUCCAGAUUGUUGACGGAAAUAGGCUGACUCUAAACCAUUUAGAGAGGGCUGUAAAACUCUGUGAAGUGGUAUAUAAAUCUAUAAAUAGCAGUGCUAUUGCUAUUCUGGCUUGGAGAGAAAAGUCAAGAUGGUCCAUGCUCAACACAAAUCUGGUGAUUAAUGGACAGAAUGCUGCAGUUUUCUUGGUGAUAAAGGUUUACUGUAAAGCUCUUCCGUGGUUUAGGGACUCUUGUUUGCAUCAGACAAUUCAAUCUGGUUUCAGUAAUUUUCUUGAGAGUAGAAAAUGAAGCUUAUUUAUAUAAGGGGAAAGAGGAGAGAAUUCUUAUCAACAUUCCCAUUCUGGUCAAAACUAGGGGUUAUUUUGUUCAUCCCAUUUGUGUUUCAUGAAAUUGUAUUGUCUUUGGCUUCCCUGUGAGGACACACCACCUGCAUAUUCCUUUCAUCCUGCAAAUGCUAAAUUCUAUUAUAUUUCUGUGAAGCCUUUUAGUCUAAUCCAAAUUUGGCAUUUUGAUAAGCAAUGCUUAAAAAGAAUGGAAACAGGCUUAUUCCUAAUAUAAUUUUGAUUACUUUUCUAUGAGCCCAAGAAACUGUUUGAGCUUAGUUAGUUCAAAACUAUUUCCCUUUACUUAAAAGAUGCAGUUGAGAGAUUAACAGCCUUGUUUUCUUGACUGCUUAUCAGCCUCAGAGGUCUCCCCUGCUGGGAAGUCCCAUUGACUGAAGAAGACAACUGCUUCUAGGUAGGCUUCAGCCUCUCCAAAGUUUCUUUUAUUUUGUUUUCAAUGAGUAGUAAGUUUUUAAACCACAGAUCUUUAAACUGAUGAUUUUUAAAUAAAAUUGUUUUGUUUGGUUUCCUCUCUGACUACAAAAUUUAAAUCUUUAUGGGAUUUAAUGAGUCAAAAUUCUUCCUUAACUUCUGCUUUUAUAUCACAGGAGCUUAUUGAAUGGAAACUUAAAGCAAGCUCCUUGAAAAGAUAGAUUUAAAGACACCCACGCAAAACUUUCAUAAAUCUUGAAUUUCAAGACUUCAAAGGUAGGCAGGCUGGUGCUAAAGUUGCAUUUAAAUUUAGUGAAAUUACAUGUAUUGCUUGAGGUCUCCCUCAAAUCAAGCUCACCUCCUUGUGCUUCCCAUGGAUCGUUGUUACCGAAACCAGGUGCCUUUUCUACUCCUGGGAUGUUUGAAAUUCCCAGUUUACCCAGAACUCUGGUGGUUUCCCAUUCUAAGCAAAUCCGACUUUGUUUAGUUAUUAUUAUAAAUUCCUGAUUAUUCAAUAAUUUUAAGAGGGUCUGGGGACGCUUGAAAAUCUGUUUUCAAACUGUUGUAGGAAAAAUGUGCUUUUAAAUGAGGAACCAAAAUGUUGGGAGAUGGAUUCAACUAAGGCUUUUUUACUGACAUGCACAACUAUAGUGACAGCUGGGAUUCCCAAAAAAUUGCCCCAAAUCCCACAAGGUUACAGGUUAUGUACACUCUGGAAGGCAACUGGACUUUCUUGUUUUUUCUUUUGAAGACGUUUCACUUCUCAAAAGAAACAAAGUCCAGUUGCCUCCAACUGCCGUCCAGCUGGGUGGGUGAUUGGGGGAAGCACCUUUGGGACAACCAUGACCUGGAUGACUGAGAAGCUCUACAGACUUCUACUCUCUGAAAUGUUACAGUAAUUAAAAAUGGCAAAGGCAACUUGAAGACACAUGGACUCCAACUCCCAGAAUUCCCCAGCCAACAUGCUGGUGAGUCCACAAAUCUUAAUGCUGUCAAGAUUUAAGAAAUGCUGACAUAGACACCAGGAAAGGAAAAUAUUUGGCAUAGAUCUUGAUAACCAGAACGUAGCAUCUGAUCAGAACAUGGCUUGGCCUUGCUGUGGGCUGCUUUUCCAUCAGAAGCUCCAAGCCGUCUUUUCUCCUGAGACACCAAGCACUUUCUUUCCUAAACGACAUCUUUCGUGGUGCCCAAAGUUCAACUUCUUUCACGCCAAGGAAAAGACAACCUAGUUACCUGUCUCCUUCCACUCCAAGCUUAUGAGGCAGCUUUCAGUCAACUGCUGCUUGGAAUUCCUCGUGGCCAUCAUUUAUGUUAGCUAGAAUAUUAUUUUUAUACGACAAAAAAAUAAAAUAAAUGCACACCAGGGGCAGAAAAUUCAAAAGAAACCUGAAAAAGAUUCAUCUACAAGCAAGCAAAAUCUGGGAAAUUAGUCUGUGUGAAAUAGUUCUCCAGUGCUGUCCACCAUUGGCCUGUGUUUGUAAGCAACCCCUCCCGAUGUUGGGUUUGUCUCAAGGCAAAAGGGUUGGAAAUAAACCAAAGCAGAGAAUCGACCUUGCCCACAUUGUGUUAUUUUCUCUGCAGGAUGUGGAACAAAUAGGAAAUGCUUUGGUAGUUUUGUUUCCACAUUGGUGCAUCAUUAAGUCUUUGUAUGUUUGUGUCAUGUCUCUUCAGAUAGCUGUAGCAGCCCAGGACUUUUGGAACUGACUGUGAACAAAAUAAAGUUUUGACAACAAUA